AUGCCUUCUUAUAUCCAUUCUUUUUGGCCACUUCUUCUGGCCCCGCUGGUUACAGCCGUCAGUAGCACCUGCAACACCACCGCGCUGAACACGACUACGUCCUGGUACGAUAUCACCGUCGACGGCACAACCGUCUUCGAUGUCGCCCGCGCCACCAACCGCGGCGUGUGUGACAUUGGCCGGCAGAACCUCAUGGCGGACGUGACCAUCAUCCCCAACGUGGGCGAGUCCUUCCUGAUCCCAGCCGAGGUGUGCGAGCCGGACAACACCAGCUGCCUGCUGCCCAACACCACCGCCACCCGCACGUGUAUCUAUGGCGGACCACGUCUCUACUACACGGUGCGGGGCGACACCUACGAAAUCAUCGCGCGGCGUCUCAAUAUCACUGUCGAGUCCCUCAUGCAUGUCGAUGGGCCUUCGAACGAAACUCUGGUCAAUCCGACCUCGCCCACAGCCCUCCUGGACGUCGGCCAGUUCAUCAAGGUGCCCCAGUGCGACCCCAGCCAGUGUAUCCUUCAACCCUACUCCUUCAGCUGGGGUGUGUACAAGGACCUUGCCGACCACUUCGGGACCACUGUCGGGCAGAUCAUGAUGCUGAGCCCCACAUACAACUACAGUAGUCUCGCGUUCACCCCCGAGGGACCCCAACGAGCAAGACCAAGUGGAUCUCUGGGCUUGGGCAUUUGGGAUAUUUCAGAUAACGAAUUUUGGAUCAACGACAAGGAUGCGAGACUCAACGUGCGACGCGCGCAGGGCGCUGAGGAGCACGGGAUCUCGCCCAGCGUGAAUGCCAUCCACUGGCACCUGAAGAGACUGGGCGAAACAUUGGACGGUCAUCGAACCGCGACGGGCGAAACGAUCAUCUUGUGGGAUAUGAUGGGCGGCACGUUGCGCCUCAGUGAGACCAUAAUCCUCGAUACGUUGUUCGACGAGAAUUAUUGUUCCGCCGUCUUCAAAUCCAGCUGGGUUCAGUAUGCGAAUGAGCAGAUGGGGGAUUUUGCGGUAGAGUUUGUAUACGCCGGCGAUAUCUAGAUGACCUCCUGAUGAGAUGAACUAGUAGUAUUUCUCAUAUCAUCCCUACCUUGAUGAGAUCAGACAUCAGGUCAGCCUCGCCCUCCUGGAAUAACCUGUGCAUUCGGCUAUUGUGCAUGGGAUCCACCCCGUCAAUCGAUCUCAUCCACAAACCAUCCUCCUGCGGAGGUAAAUCUUCUAGCCGAAGUCGACAUGCAUGCAGGCCGCAAGCGAG